ACACUAGAUUUUGACCCGCGCUUUGGAAAGCGCGGGAUUAUUUGUUUUAAUUCGGUUGUGUUUUUGUGUUUUAAGUUUAAAGAUAUAUAUAUGGAUUGGAGCUUAUAUGCUUUUAUCUGAUUAAUUUUGGAUAUUUUGUAUGCUGUAUUGGUUCUUGGUAAAUUUUUAAUUUAUUCUAAUUUGUAAUGUUAUACAAAAAUGAAUAUAUAUUUUUAUGUUUGGAUGAAAAUAUUUGUAUUUUAUGUUGAUUAUUUUAAUUUGUUUAUUACUGCACUCCUUAAAAAUUUAAUUUUGGUGAAUCAAUUUUAUACAUGUGUUUUUCAUUUGGAACAAUAACUAAAUGAAAAUAAUUAUAACAGAAAUACUAAUCAUACUCAGCCAUACAAAUAUAUAUUUAUUUGGUUUGAUAUCAUAUUAAAUUUAUUAUAUACUUUCUAAUGGAUUCAAAACGAAAAUUCCAUCUCAUUAAUUAAUAUUGGGCUUAUAAUUCAUAUAGUUUAAAUUUAUUGACCAUUGUCUUUUUCUCAUUUGUAAAACAUGAAGUGGGCUUCAGACAAACAUUUUAGCUAAGCCCGAAUAUAUCCAAUGUUUACAAUUGAUUUUAAAAUUGUGUUCUGCAUAAUUAAGUUAUCGAGAAAGAAAAGACAGAAAGUCAUGUCUUUAUUAAAAAAAAACAAAAGGUCUCUUCGUCCAAAUCGACGAUUCUGGAAACACCGAAGAAAAUUAUCCGUCUUUCAGAUCGUAUAAAGGAACACAAACGGUUAAGGAUGGAUUGAGAAGAUAAAUGAUCAAAGCUUUCCAGAAAGAGAUCUUUCAAACAUACCGGACUUUAACACGAAAUGCCCCUCCCUUUCCAUUAGAAAUGCUGAAUUCACCCCGUAAUAAAAAAAAAUAUAUUUUUUAUUUUUUUUUUAAAUAUAAAAUCGAGUAAAACGUGGUUAAAGACGCUAGGGACCUUAAUGAAACCAACUUAUUACCAACCCGACCUGCUCUACCCGACCCAACCAAACUGAACCGGAUCCUAUUCUCUAAACGAAGCGUUUUGUCUCUCUCCCUCUCCACCUAAAUCUAAAUCCCGUCUCGUUCCUCUCCGGCUUCUCUCUUGCGAUUGCGACGAAACCCUAGCCUCCGUGCGUUGUGGCUUUCUUCGUCGUCCUCCUUCGUCUAAAUCAAGAAUCCAUUAAUCUCUCCGUAGACGUCCUCUCUCCCUCUUAUUUCUCGGGUCUCAACUCUCUAGAAUCGAGAACCGCUUCGUUUCUUCUUCUUUCUCCGACGAAAUUCUAGUCUCCAUCUUCGUUCCUUUCAUAAGUGAGUAGUUUCCUCUAAGUAUUGCAUUGUUGGGAUGUAAUAAUUGAUGUUUGCUAUGCGGUUUGCAUUUGGAGUAAUUGACGGUGACUUGUUGUGUUCUUAACAGCGUUUCUAACUUCUUGUACAGGAAAUGAAGGGCCGAAAAAGAAAGAAUUCAUCUACUACGUGCGUUGGAGUCUCCAGUAGAACUAGAGCUAGAAAGGCGGUCUCAGCUGGGAAUGAGCCGGCAAGAGAAACGACUGUAGUUUCUCUCUCUGUUGAUUCAGAAAGUGAUGACAUGUCUGAUGUAUCAUCUAAGGCAAGGCAACCACCACAGCCCCUUGAAUUAUACUUCAAGAGCACAGAGUUCACGAAGACUUGCAAGAUUCAAACCAAGUGCUUUGUGAAGAAUACAGUGGACGUGAUUAAGAAGCUUAAGGAGGAGGUUAAAUGGUUCACAACCCAUCCUCAAUUUCGUCACUUCUUCCACAUGCCUGAUGAACAAUACCUGAAGCUCCAAGGAAUGUGGAUGUUACUCUUGCGCACCAUUUCGACUGAAGAAGAAGAUGUUGCAUGGUUUAGUCUGAAUGGUGUUCCCAUCCGCUAUUCUAUGAGGGAGCAUGCCCUCAUCUCAGGCUUAGACUGCCAUGAGUAUCCAAGGAAAUAUUUGAAGCUCGGGAGUACGAAGUUUGUGGAUUAUUACUUCGGUGGACUAAAGAAGAUCACCAUAACAGAUGUGGAGCAGAAGCUGUUGUCUAUGAAGAUGCCAUGCAAUGAUAGAUUGAAGAUGGCUGUCUUGUUCUUCCUUGGUCGGGUUAUCAGAGGACAGGCAAAGGAUUCCGGACCAGUAGACCCGUUCAUCUUAAGGAUCGUGGAAGAUUUGGAUGUUUGCAGAACAUUUCCAUGGGGUCGUUUGACAUUUGAAGAUGCAAUAAAGAACAUUAAGCAUAUGAUGGAGCUUCUGAAGGGUGAAGUGCACCCGGCAUGCGGCUUUCCUGGAUUCAUAAUUCCAUUAGAGGUAAAGCAUACAAUCUAGUCAAAUAUGAGUUGUUUUAUAACCGUAAAUCUGACAGCGCUACAAUAUUUGUGUAGAUUUUGGCUUUUGAGUGUAUUCCUAAGCUGGGGAAAACAUUUCGACUAUCUGCAGACACACCUUCUGAAGAUUGUCCUAGGAUGUGCAAGAGCCGCUUUACAAAGAGUAGCAUGAAGGGCUAUCCUUUGGAAGAUAUAUAUGCUGCACUUGGACACACAAAGGUAUAUGUAUAUAUACUUUGUAGUAGAAACUAGAAGAAUAUAAUAAAAUUUAAACUGAUUUUCCUUUUCUGUUUUUUUUUUUCAGGUUAUUAACAGUGUGUUGGUGCCAACUGUGGGUGAGGAAAUCAUGCUGGCUUGUAUAAUUGAUGAGGAGCGAGAGUAUCAUUGUGAGGGAAGCACAAGUGAUACUUGGAACCACUGGCUUAAUGUGAAGCAGAAGAAGAUAUUUUGGAAAGAGCUAAACGACUUAGAUGUUGCUGCACAAGUGUUUAAAAAGAAGAAGGACAAAGAAAAGGUGACGUUUUUAGAAGAUUCGUCUUCUAAAUCUGGGUUGGAGAGCUUGAAAGCUCUGGAAGAAAAGAUUUUGGGGGCCAUGAGUGAAGGGUUUUCUGGUCUUAAAUCAGUGGUGGAGGCAAAGCUGGGUGAUAUGGAUGUGAGGAUGAGUAAAUUUGAAAAGAACCAGCGCCAACUUAGAAGAAGGGCUAAGAAAAUAGAAGAAAAGCUGACUUCUAUUGAGAGCAACAAAAAUGAGGAGAGGAACUAUGGUGAAGAUAUGGAUUUUGGAUGGGAUGAUAGAGAUUAUGGUAGAGCUGAAGGGAAGGAAAAUAGUGAGAAGGCUAAGGAAGACAAGGAAAACAGUGAGUCUGGCGAGGAAAAGGAUGUGGUCUCGGGUGGGGAAAACAGUAAGGAUGGUGAGAAAGAAAACAAUGAGAAGGGUGAAGAAGAGAAAGACCAAGAACCUGAAAAAGACAAAGAAAACAGUGACUCUGUUGAGAAAGGCGAAGAAUACGUGGAGGAAUCAGAUGGAGAAAGUUCUCUGUUAAGGCUUCAGGAAAGAGUGAGAGUGCAAGCAGAAGAAUUUUGGAGGACAAUUGAUGAUGAGUCUGAGGCUGAGGAAGAGGUUGAGAAAGAGGGUGAGGAAGAGGCUGAGAAAGAGGUUCAAGAAGAGAAAGAGGUUCAAGAAGAGAAAGAGGGUGAGAAAGAGGCUGAGAAAGAGGUUCAAGAAGAGAAAGAGGGUGAGGAAGAGGGUGAGAAAGAGGCUGAGAAAGAGGCUGAGAAAGAGGUUCAAGAAGAGAAAGAGGCUGAGAAAGUAGAAUCCAAGGGAACUCCUACCUCUACCGGAGUAAUAGUCAUUACACCACGUGGUAGAACUAAGGCAGCAGCUGCGAGGAAAGCAAUCUCUAUAUCACCAGAGAUUGUUGUGGUAACAGGGAUUGCUGAGCUAGCUGAGAAAGAGGUUGAGGUAGAAGCUACUCAGACAGAGCAAGAAGCUAUUCAGACUGAGAUUGUUGAGAAAGAGGCUGAGGUUACUGAGAAAGAUGCUGAGUUAGCUGAGAAAGAGGAUCAAGAUGUGGAUGAAGAGGAGGAAAAAGCAGAGGAAAGUGAAGAUAAUUCUGUGGAGAGUCCCGCUAAGAAACAGACUGAGCUAGCUGAGAAGUCAGUUGAGGUAGAGUUAAAGACUAAGCGCAAGCCUAAGGUCAAGGUCAUAGCAGUGCCGUAUGGCAUUCCCAGAGCUGAGAGACUAGCAAAAAUGAGAGCUGAAGCUGAAAAAAAGAAAGCUAGAGCUGAAAAAAAGAAAGCUAAAGCUGAUGGUGCACCUAAGAAGAAAGACAGGCCGAAGAAGACUGAGGCUACAUUGAAGCCAUGUACGCCGCUGCCGGAGAAGAGAAAAAGUGAACCAUCACGGUGGGUGCAGUCUCCUUUCAUUGAGGGAAAGACUGAUGAGCUAGAAGUGCCAAAGAAGAAGCUUAAAACAAAAACCUAAAAUGCUUAUGUUAUGUAUAUGUAUUAUUCAAGUUAGGAUGUUAUGUUUCUGCCUAAAAUGCUUCUCUUGAACUUGUUAGGAUGUUAUGUUUCUGCUUC